AUGAACCAAUAAGAUCAGAGCAAAACACCAUUUUUGAAAUCAAAUAAACUGGAAGAAUUCACAGAUGAUUAAAACUAGGUUGAUGAAUAUUUAAAGAGAAAAGCAAACAAUCAAAAAAAUACUACUUCUAAUUCGAUGAAAAAGUCAGAAUCAGCAAGACAAUUAAAGAAAAUGAAUUAUGAACCAAUAGAAGAGAAAUCCUAAAAGCAGUUGAGUAAAAAUGAAAGCAAGCUGACAGUCUCUCAUUAAUCAUUGCAUAGCACUGUUCUCUUCCCAGAGAGCACAUCUAGUAGACCUAAUAUGGAUUAGGUUACAAUAUCUAUAAACUCUAAUACAUUCCUUUCGCCUCACUAGUCAAUGAGCUUAGUGAAAUAAAGAGAAAAUAUUAAUACUUCAAAGUUAUCUAUAAAUAGCGCAAAUAACUAAUCAAAUGGGGAGACAGUUGUAUUUUUCGAAUCUGAUUACUGUAGUUCAACUAUGCCAGUUUGUCUGCCCUCUGACUUAAACAGGAUUGUUGAAAAGCCAACAACUAAGUUUGGGAUAGAUUUAAAUAGACCCUCUACUCCUAAUUAUAAACCAACUUAAAACAAGGGAUAAUUUUUGCAAAUAGAUGGAAUAUCAUAAGGAUAAUCUUCAUAGACCUCAAAUGUUUCAAGAGUUUAAGACAGCUAUUAUGGAAAGCUAAAGUUACUAAAUUUGGACCUGGAUGAUAUUAUCAAGAAAUAUCCUGUUACAAGUCACAACUAGCAGAGCAUGUAGAAAUAUUAGAUGUUUCACAUUUAAUCUAUAUAUAAAAAAACUGGACUACCCUCUGCUCCUAAAUCAGCCCUAGAUGCUGAAAAAGAAGUAUUCAUGGUUUAGAAUCUAUUCAGAGUAUACAAAAGACUACUUUUAUAAGUACUAGAUGAAUAUUAGGAUAAUAUGAGUAAAAAUUAAUAAAAUGGGAUAAAUGUUGUGAAAAAAGAAGGACUAAGUGCAGUUAUAGAUGCAAUAGAGUAUGUGAAAUAAAGUCCUCCUCUCAAGCCAUUUUAUUGGAAUAAAACUCUUUCUAAAGUUUGCAAACUACAUGCAUAAGAAUGUUAAUAAGCAAAUACUAUUACUAAUAAAACAAAAAAAGGAGAAAAGCCUAUUACCAGAAUGAAAAAGUAUGGGCAUGUUUUUAUAGGUGGCGCUUAGAAUCUUUUCACUGGAAUAGUUAAUAAUAAUAGCAAAUCUUCUGAGUCUAAGAUAACUUAAAACUGUCAGGGUGUCAUUGAUAAUAUUAUACAGUAAAUUAUAGAUGAUGGAGUGUAAUCUCGAGGACAUAGAAAGAAUAUACUAAAUCCAGCACACAGAACUCUAGGUGUUGCAUUUGAAGAGCAUAAGUAAUGUGGAUCAAUUAUAGUUUGUAACUAUGCAUUUAAUUAUAAGAGUAGCAAGCAUGAAGAUCCCUUGAAGUAGAUUAUCAAUUCAUGGGUGGUAGAGGAAUAAGCUGAUAUGCAAUAGCAAAUGAAGAUACAUGGCGGGAGUAACUACAAAUAUCGGAUCACAUUUUCCUAUCCGUAUUUGAUAAAAACAACCACAAUAGCUAAGUAAGAUCCAAAUACCAAAUAAAUCAAUAAAAUUACGGAAUACAACACAUAAAGAAAUGCAGAGAAAUUAUUUUAUAGUGAAGAGGAUUCUUAAUGA